UAUUCGCUGUCAAAGUGAAGCCAAAAUGAAUGGGAAUCAAUGGAAUGCUAACAGCAGGUGGGGGUCCGCUAGCCAAUGGCGGUGCACAGGGGUGCUUCAAAAAAUAUGAAACCCUGCCCCGCUGAAUAUUACACAACACCGGCCCUUAGUUUAUAGUGUCUACCCGCCUUGUUCGGAACCAACACAUAAAACAACUUCUAGAGAAAACAAGCAAUUUUAUUAGUUAUUUCUUAGUUUAUUUGUAUUUAUGCAUAGAUGUUUGGUUUUAAACUAGUACUUAUUAAGUUGCUAAAUGUGUAGGUGUGAAAUUAAGUCUUAUGUGUUUCGCUUAACUUACCUUUAUUUUGAAAAACCAAGGUUGCGUAAUACAGAGGAAGUAAACAGUCCAGUUAUUGCUUAAUUCACAGCUUCAGCUGAGGGCUUGUUAAAAUCCACCAGUGGGUCCCCUUUCACAACUAAAUGUAGUAGUGAAACCUUAGAUUUAAAAAAAAAAAACGAUGUCAACAGCAAUGAACUUCGGAACCAAGACCUUUCGCCCGCGUCCACCGGACAAAGGAGCGUUUCCCUUGGAUCAUUUUGGUGAAUGUAAAUCGUUUAAAGAGACAUACAUGCGAUGUCUUAGAGACAACCAUUUCGACAGUUCGAGCUGUCGAGGAGAGUCAAAAGAGUACCUGGAGUGCAGGAUGGACAGACAGUUAAUGGCAAAGGAACCCUUUGAAAAACUUGGAUUUAAGGACUUAAUGGAGAAACACGCAGAAGAAAUUAAGCCAAAUCCUGACCAAAUAUAAUGGCUUGCAUUCACAUUAUGUUAAACAGUUAUGUGUUAUAUUUAUCUUGAUAUCAACUGAUAAACUACUAUAACAAGGAUAUUUUAAAAAUAAAUAAUCAAGGUGUGUAUGUGAAUAAUAAUCCGUAUGCCGAGUGUUCCCAUACUGAUACUUGGCAGAUUUGUAGAGUGGUCUUAAAAUUGUUUUAAUGAUUUGAGUUUUGUUCUUAUCACUGGAGCUUUUUGAUAUUUCUUUGGAAUAAAGAGUGAGCUUAGCUCAGCACUGCUAUGAACAGCCUUGCCAUUAAAAAAAAAAAAAAAAAAAAAACUUUACAUUUUUUUAAU